AAUUUAUUUAUUAUAACACCAACAUGGAUCAAAAGGUACAAAAUAAAUUAUCAGAAAUUGACAAAGGAGCAAGUCAAAUGCAGCGUGACAUAGAGAGGGACUACGUCAGAAAAUAUCAGAAAAAGGCGUAUCUUUGCGGAGCAAAUUGUUGUGACAACACAUCUGCAAGUGCAGAAGAGGUACAAAGGUGCAUUGAAACCUGUCAACGACCACUAGCAGAAAUGCAAAACAAUGUUAAACAAGAACUUGAAAGAUUUCAGAACAGGAUACAGCGCUGUAUGAUGGCUUGCCAAGAUGUUGCGCAAGACCAGGUAUCUGCGUUAGGAGAAACGGCUGCCAAAGAAAAAUUUGAAUCUUGUCUAUAUAAAUGUGCAGAAGAACAUUUAAAACUUUUGCCUGGAAUUAAAAAGAGACUUAUUGAUGUUUUACCUAAAUAGUUUUUUGAUAAAUAGAAUGAAUUGUAUGACAGUUUCGUAAGUCAAUUGAAGUAUUUCAAAGCUCAACCUACCAUUCAGCAGCACAAUUAAACGGAGUACUUCUUAAAUCAAAUUCAAUAAAUAUUGGCAGAAAUCAAAUUUUUUCACUAUUUUUGAAUAUUUAAAAAAGUUUUCUGGAUUUAAAUUAGGAAAAAUUUGCUGCUCUUGAUGUAUUGUAUCUUAAUACAGAUCAUGAAUCGCUGCAGAAUCAUUGUUGAAGUACAUUUAGGCAAUUGAAAAAUUCUUGUACUUGUUUCUACAGAA